AUGGCGGCGCCUCGAGGACUCCCAAUCAGCGCCGCGACGCUGAUGGAAGGAGUCUACCGCGCCGCAGGCCUCGAAAUGCGGAGCAGUGAGUUGGACCAGAAAAAGCUCGGGUACUUCCUUGUCGAUAUUCGAUCCCGAGGAGCUGUGGCCGCUCAGCAACGCUACCUUGCCUUGCAAGGAGAAUAUGCGUUUGCCUACGACCAGUAUCUGAAGGCUCAGGCUGCUUUGCAACCGCAUCAAGAAGCAGCUGAGAAACUCUUGGGACAGGUGGAUGACCAACUCAGGAGAGCGAUGGAGCAAGCAGCCAAGUACCGCCUGGAGAAUGAACGCAAAAAGUUCCAGCGCGCUCAGGAACAGGACGAGUUCGUUGCCUCCACUGCGCACCCUAAAUAUUUUGCUAUCAUGCAAGGCCUCAAUGAAACGCACCGGCAGUGGGUUGAUAAGAUUAUUUACCCUUUUUACCUCAUGAAGUCGCAACUGGAGGAAUCUGAGAAUGCGCUUUGGGUCAAGCAUUCGGCCAUGGCAACUGCUCAGCAAGUUAACGCUUUGUGGACCUACGAAGGCCAGGCGGUGCAAAUGCAGCUGGAAAUGAUAAAAGAUGAAGCGGAUCACGAAGCGCUCAGAGUGGGUUCUAGCGACCGGGAAACAAUCGUGGGGGGGGGGGUCACUGACUAA